AUAAUCACCACAGCCGCAGCAAAAAUUGCGCCUGGCUCAUAACAAGGCUAAACGCUGCAUCCGGUAGUACUUGGAGUCCACAGAUCACCAGCGAACCGCGCCGCAGACGUGUGGCAAAGCUUCUUGCUCCGAGGCCUCCACUCUGUUGCCUCGCUGCCGCCGACGCCGCCGGCGCGACACACCACCAUGGCCCAGUUCGAGAAGCUCUCCUUCCAGGAGUUAGCAAGAUUCGCCCAACUCCCGCAGGACGAGUACGCGCGCCAGAUCUGCGCCCAGCGCAAGGUCGAGGAGUCGAGUGUUUUCGGCAUGUGCCUCCACGACGACGUCCUGGCCAUGGGCACGACCUUCGACCAAAUUUUUAGGUUGGACAUGCACGGUAGAGCUAUAGGCGAGCCCCAACCGUCGCAACUAGGACGCGUCUACGCGCUCGCCGUAGCAGGUGACAGAACGAAACCGAUCCUCUGUGCUGGUGGCGAUAAAGGCAUAGCCUUCUCGAACUGGUCUGAUGGAACGCAUUGCCGACUCCACCAGUCACCAGCAACACAAUAUCCGGACGGGAGCUUUCCCCCUCCGCCCGAGUGCAAUGCAUUGGUCGUGGAGGCGGGCGGCACUUCGGUGUUGUGCGGUGACGGCGACGGUAGAAUCAGAAGAAGAGAUAUAGAAACAGGCAAAAUUACAGAUGAAGUCCAGGCCCACUCGGACAUGAUCCUGGCGUUAUGUCACGCGUCCGAAGCCCACGUGACCGCCUCGUGCUCCGAAGAUGGUACUUGCAAGUUACUCGAUCUAAGAGACAGCGCAAAGGUCGUCAAGGAGGUCCCCGGGAUUGAUGACGCUUUCCGGAAAGCGUGUAACCUGCCGGACGAAAAACACUGGUGUGGCGCCGUACAUAUCGAUGCGCAUUGCAAUUGGAUUUCUCUGGCUGGUGGUUUUGCAGAAUGCGAAAGUGGAGGCUGGUUCUGCACGCGGUAUGCGCAGACCGGGGAAAUCGUCCGAAGUUACAAGUCUUCUGCAUCUAUCAGAUGCCUCGAAGCGGAUGAGCGAAAUAAUGAACUACUCAUGGCGUCGGACUGCGCCUUCGUGACGGGCUGGAACCUGCGGGACCCCCAUGCUGAUAAAAAUAAACCUCGUUUCCGAAGGAAGAUCGACGGGCUGCCUGCGGUUUAUACGCUGAUCGCGGCGGACGCUCCAUCAGCUUUGGCGCAGAAUGCAGACAACGAUUUAGCGAUGAGUGACGACGACUUCGGCGCCGACCGCAUACUUAUCAGUGCGGGCGCGGCGCCCCACGCCGUCGUGACGGCCAAGGACCGCGUGCUCGCGUAUUUGCAGCUGCCGGUUCCCGACAUCAAACCUCCCGUGUAACUUUAUGGGUCUUU